UACCAACUUGUCUGCAGGCCCAUCUUACCGGGCCCGUUCGGCUGUCUUCGAAUUUAUGGUGCACAUGCGGACUUCAGCACGACAAAUUGUCUGGCCGAUUGAUAGCCUGUCGAAAUCUAGUGGCCAGAAAUCAUCCUCCCUCCCAGCUGACACUCAACACCGAUGGUCAUCAUCCGAGCAUGGCAUCCACUCAAAUCAGUUUUAACUACUCGCAAGCUCCGCUCAUACCCUCCAAGAAACUUGUUGCUUUCAAUCGAUGGACCAAGCCAAUUACAGUCAAAUUCUACCGCUGCUAUCCAAAAGUCCACUCCAACCCCUAAGCUCAACCCCGAACCUCAAGACAAAUCCAAUUCUGAAGUAUCUCAAGACAAGAAAUACAAUCCAUUGCCGAUCUUGAAGCAGCAUGCUACCAACGUAGGAUAUGUUACUCGGAUCCUCGCUACAGACCCCAAGCAGAUAGCAAAACUAGAGCUCAAAAGAUGGCUCAAGAAACAAGUUUUUGAUCGGACGCAGCUUGAUGGCUUUGUGAAGGCGCUCCAGCAACCCGAUUGGACCAGUGCAAUAGCCGUCAUCGACCAACUCUAUGAUGGCCAUCAGUCAUGGGUCAGCCAAGUCCCCUCAAGUUUACUGGGCGAAUUAGCCAGCAAGACCCUCAGGAAUCAGACGGAACUUGAUGAGCUGCUGACAGUACUUGGAUAUCGGAUCGCCGAGGAACGAGAUGUUCUCGUGACCUCCCAAUUGUUAAACGGCGCUGUCCAGGCGAGUCUUUCGUUCGGAAACAUAGUCGUCUGUGGCGAGGUAGUCAAUUACGCCAUUUGCUUCUCAACUGAGAUUGCUCGAGUUGAAAUCGAAAAACAAUCAUGCCCGAGUUCUCAUUCAGCAAAUCUUCCUACGAGCUCGAAACGGCCGCCUGACUCGACUCUUGCACUCAAGCCCCUACUAUCAGUCAUAGCCGGAUUGAUGAGCCAACCUGCUGCUCGCAAUCGGACCCCAAUCUUCAGACUCUUGGGCCAACUCAUCAAGGCCUUGAUCAAUCUUUGCGGCAGCUUACCAUCAGCUUUAAAUCGACUCUCAAAGCCAAACAAACACCUUUUUUGUCGCGCAAUGAUUACCUCGAUCUUGUCCCCCGAAGGACAUGCAAUAAAACGUGAAGAAAUGGAUCAAAUCCUCAAGCUCAAAUUGCCCGCUUCUACCCUACGGCUGGCCAUGGUGGCAAUGAUCCACAUUGGCGAUCGAGAUCGGGCAACUGAAAUAGAACAGCUACUUCGGAAAAGCCAGGCAGAGCAAGAUAUGCACGAUUCAAAGAUAGAACUAGAUCUUGCCUUCCAUCAGGUCCGAAGAUGUAAGCUGAGGGCUUACUCCAGCUCCGAGAAACUCCAUAAACGCUUUCUAUCCCAUCUCCCUAAAAUCGAAGGCCAGCCUCCCGGGGCCUCUGUCGAAACUUACACCGCCUACAUGUCGACCCUAUUUCGUCACCAUCUUCCCAAGAUGGCUGUGCAGGUCUGGAAGCAGAUGAUGUUCAAAGGCGUCGUACCUGAUGCAGCUGCAAUUCAGGUCGCCAUGGCAAUCCACAUCGAUGUUAGUCGGCCGGAAGAUGCUGUUCAGAUAUUCAAUCGUUUUGCUUCCCACAUGAAGCUCUCGCACACUUCUACCGCCAAGGAUUCUGGCCAAGCGAACAAUCUGGUAAAUCUCCAGGUCUUGUCCACCUACGCCCGUGCCCUUGAUAUUGCCGGAAGAUAUUCAGAAGUUUAUCAACUUUGGAAAGAUUUCCAAAGCGAUUGGCAAGUCGAACCUGACACGCGAAUCUUCAGUACUCUAUUAUCUUCGGCAAGGAAGAUUACUCGGUACAGCAUGUCUCCAGUCUCGAAUGCCAUGCUGCGCUCCGCCGAACCGGACUCGGAUGCUCUACGGCGAGUGGAAGAGGACUACUGGGACGGCGAACCGGCAGGAAGCUUGGCGAUACGGCUGUUCUGGACGAUCCUCUACGAGAACUGGGCUUCGCUAUCUGAAACUGUCCGGGCCCCCGCACUUUCCGGAUCGAUGUGGAGUAGCGCACCGACAACGAUGCAUGUUCGACUUUUAGACACGCUGUGCGGAUUGAAGUCGUUGCCCAGCAUUCCGGCAACCCCAUCCAGAUCGGCAGACCCCCAGGACAAGGCUCGAAGCAAAGUUGCGGCGACGAUCAUCCCCUCCUUGGGAUUUAAGACGAGAUGGACAAAAAUUAUACCCAACCGGUCGAGCUUCAAAGACAUGAUCGAAUUGCUCGGACUCCAUGAGCAAUCCGAAUUGAUCCCGUUAUUAUUGAGCUGGAUGAAAACGAUUGGCGUCAAACCGAACCAAGAUCUAUUGAUCAGAGCAUACUAUUGGAUCUAUAAAUCUUCCGCUAUCACCCACCGGCUCGCCGGGCUCGACGAAUUUGUUAAGGAUUGGAUCUGUGAAAUCGAAAGCUAUGCCAUCCGCAAUGAUGAUGAGGAGAGCGGGGAAGAGGAAGAGGGCGAAGAAUUGGUCAAGCACCAGCAGGGCGAUGAUGGUGAUUCUGGUACUGGCCGCUAUGUGAAUCGGCAUCCCGAGAAGAAUCGAACGGAAAAAUUGGUCAUUCCAACUGAAGAGAUGCUCCAAAGCCAUCAUGUGGAAGCUGUCAAAUGGUCGAAUAGGUUUUACUUCUCUAAUGCUCGAAUGUAAUUUUUUUUUAUUUGCAAUUGCUUUGAUUUGCGCUUUGUAUCUUCUUGUGGAAUCUUUGUAGUGGAAAAAAAAAAUCCGUUUACUUGUUUGGUUUUA